AUGUCGGUCGUUAAUUACCACCCACUGGCCAAUCUGGCGGCUAACUUAUCCGCCAGAUUGCUCAAAUCUGCCGCUCUGGCUCAACCAGAGUCCCUGUGGGACCGCAUACGCAGUCAGAUCCCGGCCCGACUGUUGCCUGAGUUCAACGACAACGGACUCGUUCUUGCCGCCCCAAAGAAGAAGACAUCCCACAUGAAACGCCGUUUGCGUCUGUACACCCCAGGAAGCAAGCAGAUCAAACCCAACAACAACCUCAACCGGUGUCCGUCGUGCGGAAACUACAAGAGAUCGCAUUUUCUUUGCAUGUCGUGCUUUUUCGAAAUCAAGCAGCUCUGGAGCGAGCAGACCGAGAAACCGCCAGUUUACAAGGAAGAAUUCGCCAACCCAGCCGAUGAGCGUGUUCUAUACCCAAAGACCUACGAGAGAAUCACCGAUAAGAGGCUCCGGUUGAAGGAUUAUGUCGAGAAACGGCCAAAGACCUUGCCUGUUGAAAAAUAA